CGAGAAACGAAAAACGAGAAACGCAAAACUGGUAAUGGAGAAAUGGGUAACGAUGUACUUAGAAAUUAUUAAUGCCUUAAACUUAGUUUUUAUAGCAUUCAGUUAAAAGGAUUUCUCGUAAAAACUUAAUUGAUAUGAGGAUUCUUUAAUUUAUUCUUCCAUAUUUCAUAAACCGGCAUUCGUAAACGAGUAAAUAAAUGAUAAGGAUAAACAUAUCUUACCAUCUAUCAUUAUCUGGACGAUGCUCAUAAAGUGCUGCUCAGACAACAAGAUUGAAAGAAUUUCUACAUCCUGACCAAAUCUUUUUUCUCAUUAGUUCCCAGUGCAGCUCCUAUAAACCUAACUGCUAUCAGCUCAGUCUCCCCACACGAAAUCAAAGUAUCCUGGAAACCAGUCCCCGAAGAGUACAUGAACGGAGACUUAGUUGAUUAUCAAGUGACGUAUCAGCGAGUGAAGAUUGGAGGUGUACCAAUAGAUUUUGAACCUGUUGGGUCCGUCUCUACAGAUAAAGAAAAUUCGUGGACUUUAAAGAAUCUCGACCCUUAUUCUGAGUACGAGAUUACCGUCGCUGCCGAGACGAAGAAAGGACUGGGCCCCAGAACGUCAGCUUCAUAUGGAGAAACUUGUCAUUGCGAACAAAAUUUCACGACAAGUUGGAGGCGAUACGAACCCUAUGUUAAUUUCACAGAAGACAAUGAACCUGGUGAGAUCAUCCCGGUAGUUCUUCGUUCCAUGGUCCAGGAAUGUUGCGGAAAAUGCCAGAGUUACGGAGAGGUAAAACUUGACUUCAAACGCAACGGCAGAUCGAACACAUCGGAGCGCCAUUCUUACAUGGAUCUCCUACAAAAUUUGGACGAAACCACUGAUUUUACUUUCCCUGUUUCUGGUUACAAAGAACAAGACAGUUAUAAAGGAGGCUACGGCUUUGCGCCAAUCAUCGAGUCCGCUGGUGUUGCUUUUAUUGUUUACCCAGACACGACGCAAAACCAGAACACUAUGUACCAAUCAGUGCUUCUUUGUUUACCUGUUAUGAGUUUGCCAAUAGUUUUAGCUUACAUCGCCGGUGUCUUGAUAUGGUGUUUGGAAAGAAGACAUAAUCCACAAGAUUUUCCACCCUCGUUUCUUCUUGGGACCUGGGAAGGAAUUUGGUGGUCGUUCGUUUCCAUGACAACACUUGGGUAUGGCGACCGCGCCCCUCUGAGCCACAAGGGACGGUCUUUUGCUAUGCUUUGGACACUUACUGGACUAGUCAUCAUUUCCCUAACCAUGGCAAUGAUCACCACAGCACUCACAUCAAUUACUCUGCAGAGUAAAAUAAAGCUGUACGGAAGCAAGGUCGCAGCUGAGUUCAAUUCUCCCGAAUAUAACGUGGCAACGAGACGAAAUGCUAAGAUUGAUCCAGGUAAAGAAUAUAAAGGUGUCGAUGACAUAACGGAGGCACUUUUGAACAGAGAAGUCGAAGGGAUUCUGGUGGAUACUUAUUCUGCGGGCUUGCGAAGCGAUCUCUUCAAUCGCCCCGGGCUACAAGUCAAUGAGAUCCUUGACUACAAGACCGCAUACGGCGUGGUACUCAGUCCUAAUGUGACCCAACUUGGCAAGUGUUUCGAGCGCUACUUAACCUCUCACAGAGCGGAGAUUUUCGAGAUGAUCAAAAGAAAAGCGAAGCCGAUUGAGACUUCUGGCGCCAAGGAAACGCCCGAAGAAGAGGCAUCAGGCGGUCUACUGGACAGUGGUUCUCCCACCUUCCUAAAGGCAUUGAAAUACGCAUGCGUGUCGUUAGGAAUUGCCCUUGUCCUGUCGCUCAUAUACGAGUGCAUUCGUCGUAUAAGAGCAAGGCGAAAAGUUCACCAAAAAAAGAGCCAUAAAGCAAAGCUUCAAGAAGAAAUGCAGACCCUAGUGGAAGAGUUUAACCAGCGCGUGCUCGAAGUUAAGAUGAAAUUGAGGGAGAAGCACAUCAGACAAAUCAUCAAAUAUUGGAAGCUGCAGAAAAAAUCGAUGUGCUCGGCUGGGAUGGAACAUGAAUGGCUAAGGAUUUCCACUGCGUCCCCACACAAUGGUGAACUCACUAUAUCUGAGAUAUAAUCAUCUGAGCUUUUUUAGAUACGACAGAGCUAGUGUGACCCCUAUAGCUUCCUAUUCAAGAGAGUAACAACACGAUGUAUUACGUAACUAUUUUCUGACGUGCAAAGCUAGCUUCAACCUGAAAGUGGAAAAUAUUAGUUGGGCAAGACGGUUAAGGACGGAGAAAAUUGCCACGGAUUGCAAAUAUUCAAAUCGAGUAAUCAUUAAGGACAUUCCCUUGUUUCGUAUCACGCGUCGUUACAAAAAAAUUGCAUGUGCAAGAAAUGGCGGGUUUCUGUUCGAGGCCAUGGUUUUCAUUUCUUUGUGUGGGUGUGUUUGUGUGUGUACGAGUGUGAUAUUUCCAUUUUUCACUGUAAAUUGAUAAUCCUUCCUAAAAAAAAAA